UGCUCUAAAAUGCUCUCUGCUGGAAACAGCGUAUCGGCCCCAGGCCGAGGAUCGUCGACCCCGUUUUUGAAUGAAGAUGCAAGCUACAAAGUUGUCCUCCCGCGUCUACCAACCGGUAACGAUGUUUUGAAUUCUGUUUUCCUUCAUGCGGACUUGAGUGGCAGACCAUACCGUGCUCCCGACUUCCGAGACGCUCUGCUUGAGGUAGUGAAUACUUCAGAUAUUGUAGGUGUCGGACAGUAUCAAAUGAGCCAUGUAUGGAUGGUUACUUGCGCUAGUAGUGCGGCAAAACAGACCCUCGUCGCCUUUGGUGAGCUCCGUGUCAAAGGGCUGAAGUGCAUGGUGAUAGAUCCGGAGACUAAAAACAUCAAGCUUAAAUUACUAUGGCUUCCACCUCACCUUGAACCACGACGCGUUGAGGAAGCGUUCCAGGCCUAUGGUCAGGUGAAGUCGGUGGAGAGAGAAGCAUGGAGAUGCACUGGCAUGGAACAGUGGGUGACAACAAACCGGGAGGUUUCCUUGGUGCUCAAGGACACUAUCACCGUAACCUCGAUACCGCACAUUAUGUCCAUUUAUGGACACCAGUGCCUCGUACUUAUCCCCGGUAGGCCUCCUCUGUGCCUUCGUUGCAAGCGCGUGGGACACGUUCGACGACAAUGCAGAACACCGAGAUGCUUACAGUGCCAUCGAUUUGGUCACUCAGCGGACGCCUGCGUGUCCACCUACGCCAAUAAGCUUCGUUCUGGGCAAUAUAGCGCAGACGAGCCACAACUGGACCACCUCAUGGAUUCUACAGAGGUAGUAGAUGCCACCGGAGAGACUACAGGUGGCAUUAGGGACGAGGACCAGGAGACCUUGAAGCCAAUGCCAACCAGUCAUAACAGCUCAAGUAAGACUAGCGAAGCUUCCGGCGAGGAUGACUCAGUUUGCCCACCUGGCCUAGCAAGCCUUAUGGAAAAGCCCCCUGAUGACAAGGAAGAAGAGGAAGAGGCGAUGGACAUCAGCAAGGCCAGGAAACGUCCGGCACCAUGCAAUGACGAAGCAACAGAAUGUGCACUACCGGCGCCCGAGAAAGUGUCUCCUAGUGCUCAGCAAACUCCCUCUCCUGGUGAUAAUGUGCCCCACCGGUUAUAUCAGCGUAGUCAGGAGAGUGGCACAAAGAAGCCCAAAGGGAGCAAGACCACAGAUUUACCUGUGGCCAAGGGCAAUGAAAUACAAAAGCUUUAG